AUGCUGCAUUCGCCGCAAAACACAGAUCUGUCUAAACUGCCGGCCUCGAGUCAGGGGGCACAACUGAAGAUCAGCAGUACAAAGCGUCGAAAAGCCACCCUAUACCGGAAACAGACGGUCUUCGAGCAAGAUGGACCGCCGUUUCUGUCGAUCCAAGAGGUGCUGGUGCGCGUCGGCUUCUUUGGGAGAUACCAGGUGUUUUGCUGUGUUAUUACCAUCUAUUCGGCGAUCUUCUGGACCACCAACUAUCUGUUGCUGCUGCACCCAACGGUCUCGAAAACCUGGAGCUGUAGCAACCAGUUGACAAGCGUCAAUCAGACGUAUUAUCUGCAAAGUUACGGCAAAAACUUUUGUGAGGAAAUCAUCAACUGCACCGUUCUGCGGCCCGUGAACAGUACCUUCGUGUCGGUCGUCGACGAGUGGAAGCUAUUCUGCGACGACAGUUCCCUUUCGUACUUUGUACUGUUGUCGUACGUGCUCGGACGAAUGCUGGGUUGCUUCGUUGGUGGUUUCAUCGGCGACAACAUCGGACGAAUGUGGGGCAUUAUGUGCUUGCAGGCAGUUCUGCUGGUCACUUCGAUGAUGUCCAUCGCGUCGACCACAUGGAAGACGUUCAUUGCCUUCCAGUUUUUCAACGGCAUCAUAUACGGCCACAUGCGGGUCACCUGUACGACUAUGUUGGUCGAGACGGCCGACCGCAAGUACCGUACGAUCACGCACAUGUGCUUCCAGAAGAGUCUUGGCUUCAUAGUGAACGCGAUGCUGGCCAGCUGCACGCUGCACUGGCGAAUGCAUAUUAUCAUGAUGAAUCUACUGGCCUCGCCGCUGCUUUACUUCUACCUACUGUACCAGGAAUCAUACCGUUGGCUCAUAUCCACCGGCCGGUUGAAAAAGGCGCUGAACGUGAUUUCAGAGCUGAACUCUGAUCGAUGGAGAAAGAUCAAGCAGCCGGAGAUAUACGAGGCACAGCUGGCGAUGAUCCCGCAUUCCGAUCCGCGAAAAAGGCCCUACACCUUGCUCGACCUGAUCUGCUUCAAACGCUGGCGUCCGCUGAUCCUCCUUCUGGCCGUUCUACAUAUCAUCAACGGCACAACUAGCACCGUGUUCUAUCCGUACGACGAAUGGCAUUAUUUCAACGUCAACUUUCACCUGCUACUGUGCGGUCUACUGUCCCUUAUUUCUUCCAUAGCGUUCGUCGUUGCUGAUAUUCAGAUUGCGAAGCUAGGCCACAAACCUAUUCUUCUGGUGUGCUUGACGAUCCAGGGUUUGGCGUUACUCGGCUUGAUCAUCUAUCCGUUGAACUCGGCUUCGGUUCGCAACGCGGUACAGUACAGCCUGAAGUUGAUCUUGAUCAUGGUCGGCGAGUCGGUCUAUCACCUGAUCAUCUUUCACGCCACUACUGCCUCUUUCCCGACCGUCGUCCGAUGUCAUGCAUUCGCGUUGUUUCACGCCUGCUACGACGUGGGAAUCAUAUUCAUGACGUUAUUGCUGGUAAGGGCCAAGGACAAUGCCAUCUAUCCGUUCAUUCUUUGCGAAGUACUUGUCGUCCUUGGUGGCGUGCUGACGUUCUUCUUUUUUCCCGAAACCAAGUACGCCCGAAGCAACAAGCUUUUCCCCGACAUGUUGCCAACUGCCGUGGACUCUGACAUGGAAGCCACGCCCCGCUCUAUCGAAUCUUGA